CCUCCUCUGCCCAUCUCAAACCAUCUCCACGCACACCAGAGCCAGCCUCACACUCUUAGGAGAGCACGGUACAGCAGUACAUCAAUGGCGACCGCCACCAUGGCCCUCUCCUCCUCGACCUUCGCCGGGAAGGCGGUGAAGAACCUGCCGGCGCUCGGAGAGGCCCGCAUCACCAUGCGCAAGACCGUUGCCAAGGCCAAGCCGGUCUCCUCAGGCAGCCCGUGGUACGGCUCCGACCGCGUGUUGUACCUCGGCCCGCUCUCCGGCGAACCCCCGAGCUACCUGACCGGUGAGUUCCCCGGCGAUUACGGGUGGGACACCGCCGGGCUCUCGGCUGACCCCGAGACCUUCGCCAAGAACCGGGAGCUGGAGGUGAUCCACUGCAGGUGGGCCAUGCUCGGCGCGCUCGGUUGCGUCUUCCCCGAGCUGCUUGCCCGCAACGGCGUCAAGUUUGGCGAGGCCGUCUGGUUCAAGGCCGGCUCCCAGAUCUUCAGCGAGGGCGGCCUCGACUACCUUGGCAACCCGAGCCUCGUCCAUGCCCAGAGCAUCCUCGCCAUCUGGGCUUGCCAGGUCGUGCUCAUGGGCGCCGUCGAGGGGUACCGUGUUGCUGGUGGUCCGCUCGGUGAGAUCGUCGACCCUCUCUACCCCGGCGGCAGCUUCGACCCCCUUGGCUUGGCUGACGACCCUGAGGCGUUCGCUGAGCUCAAGGUGAAGGAGAUCAAGAACGGCCGCCUCGCCAUGUUCUCCAUGUUCGGCUUCUUCGUUCAGGCCAUCGUCACCGGCAAGGGUCCCCUUGAGAACCUCGCUGACCACCUUGCCGACCCCGUCAACAACAACGCGUGGGCCUUUGCCACCAACUUCGUUCCCGGCAAGUAAGGUGUCAAUGAGAGGCACAUGUGUAUAUGCAAAUCGACUAUGCUCGCGACCAAGUGUGUGUAGCUGGUUUCACUUGUACUACCACGAUGAUGAUGUAAAUUAAUUACGAGGAUCUUAUGAACAAAAGAUUGUCAGAUUUUGAAGUAGA